CGUCGGCGGUGGUGGAGCCUAUAAGAAGUUUCCCAGUGCAACAGUGGACUGAUCUAGAAGUGUCAGAAAAGCCUGAGCGCAGAUAACACACGCAUACACACACACGCGCGCGCACACAUGCAGGCGUCCCGUUCCUAAAGCAACAGGCAGGAGAAGACUACCAGCUCAGAUCAAAGCCUCACAGGCUCCGGAGAUAUAUAUCCAGUGGACCAGGAUUUUUGGGGGGGUUUCUCUGGAGGGGGGAGUGGGACUGUCAACGGAGAAGAACUGCCAAGCUAUUUCGGUACACCAGAGGCGGGGGUAGCCAGCCGGGCGAUCUGAGUGUUUCCUGGCUUUGAUGCGACCCGACUGUGCCUGGAGCAUGUCCACAGUGGGCCUGACUGCCCAGGAGACCUCUUUUCCCAUACAAAACCCCUUCCUCCAGGGCGGCUUCUGUCACAGCAUGGCUGGAUCCAAACCCUCCUGGAGCUUUCGCCAUGACCCCAUUGACAACUUCUACUUUACCAUGGGGACAGAUCAUACUUAUCGAUCUCCGCAAAAGGGCCAACUUUCAAGUAAUGAAAGACAUAUGUACAGUUCAAGUACAGCGAGAUUACCUUCAAAAAAACUGCGGCCCGCCCUCCUCUCCCUGUCCUUCACCCCUGAACCAUCCACCCCGAGCCCUACCGAUGAAGACCAGGUGGUUCCCUCAUUCCUGAAGCUGUCAGUUAAGGACUGUAGCAGCCCGCCACGGACACCCGACAGAUGUUCCAAACCUUUGCCACCGAUUCCCCUACAAACAGACAUCUGCCCCGAACAAGUUAUAGACAAUGAGGUGGAAUUUUUCACGAGUACGGACAAAAGCUGCCUGGUUCCGAGCGACGACCAGUGUUCCAAACUAUCUCCUUUUCGAUAUGGACAGCUUCACAGAAGGAGCUUCAGGGACUGUGGGCAGAUCAACUACGCUUACUAUGAUGGUCCUUUAGGAACAGAUAGAUCUGGCCAGGCCCAGCAGCACCAUCAGGGGAGACCCGUGCAAGCGAUGCACGGACAGCAUGAACAGCAGCGGCAGGAGCCACUCGAGCCAGUGGUAUGCCAAAGAUCACAGGACAAAGCUCAGAGGAAGCUGCGGCGUUCUCACUCUGGCCCAGCUGGCUCUUUACACAAGCCGUCACUGCCGCGCCUCACAUGCAACAAACGCCACACCUACGGUACUGAUAAACCAGAAGUGCCACCCCCUCUUCCUCCACGUUCACUGAAAACUGGUGACAACCGCCGCUGGUCAGCAGAGGUCUCGUCUGGGGCUUACAGUGACGACGACAAACCACCAAAAGUGCCCCCGAGAGACCCCAGAGGCAGCUCCCGCACGCCAAGCCCAAAGAGCCUUCCCACGUACGUUAACGGGGUAAUGCCCCCCACCCAGAGUUUUGCACCCGAUCCCAAGUACGUGAGCUGUCGGAGUUUCUUCAGACAGAACAGCGAGGGCUCUCCCCGCAUCCUUCCUGUCAUGGAAAACGGAAAGAAGGCCAGUGCCACGCACUAUUAUAUUUUACCGCAGAGGUCUGCGUUCACAGAAUCACCUUGUGACUGCAGCUCAAGGAGGAAGGAGGAUUUGGUUUGAAGGGCAGAAACCGUAGAGAACUCUUAUGGAAUACGAGCAAAAACCACUUGACACAACAGUGCAUCUGUACAUCAAACUGCUGCUUUUAGAUGAUAAAUGUCUGUACACGUCCUCAUCUGUCAGGAUAUGCACACUGUAUACAGUUACUGGUAAUGUUGAAAGAAGCUAUCGCCUAAAAUACAGCAAAAUCUGUAUCUGACGAAAGACUGUGGGAGAACUCUAACAUAUUGUAGAACCUAUUUUUGAUAUGAUUUUAUUUCAUUGUCGUUCUGUUGUUUUUGAUGAUGUGGCGCAGUCAGAGGGUGCAAGCAGGCCUUGGAUCUUGAUGUGCUCAGUGUUUCGUGUCUGAAGGGUGAGGAUGUGAUGCCACUGGGUCUUUUUUUUUUUUUUGUCAUGCUGCUUUUGUCUCACACAGGUCAGUGACGUAAAUGUGCAUCACUUAAUAUAUGAAGUUUAAAUCCAAGCCCAGUGAAUUUUUGGAUAAAAGAUGAAGGAUAUUAGUACUCACAUCGUAUCUCUGUUUGUUUAUUAAACACAAAGUAAUUGCUCUUCCUCAAUGAAGUUUCAAUACUACUACAAGCCAGCCAUGUCACUGUGAAUUUGUACUUCUCAUGGCAUGUUGUUGCUGGCAGCUAUGCCUUUUUCCACUAAAAUUUCUAGUGCAGCUUGUGUGGUAUAAUUGUGUUAAUAUGUGUAUGUGCGGUUGUGCAUAUUGUGUGCAUGUGAACAACCUGACAAAGUGUUCAAACGAUACAACAUGGAGUAUGUCAGUGGAGAGUUGUCAACCAUCCUUGUUACUGCGUGCUGCUUGUUUGCAGCUCACAUUUUAGUUUUUUUUUUUCUUUAAGUGUCCAGGUUUUUAUUUUUAUUUUUGGUCUGUUUUAAUGAAAGUGAAUAUAAGCUGUUCUUUUUUAAAAAAAAAAAUCUGGAGCUUAGUUUUGAGUCACCUGAAACCCAUUCGCCUUGAGCUCUACCUCAUUUCGAUGUUAAUCCUGUAUUUCACAUUGACCCCCAAAACAACCCAAUCAAAUUAGAAGAUCCACCUCCCCCCAAAAAAAAGAAAAAGUAGGGGUAUUUAGCCUCCAAUUAUACCUGGCACUAGUCGUAUUUAAAUUUCGUCAAAAGAAUAUCUCCAAAGGAAGCUCUUGGAUCAGAGAAUUUAGCCCAACCUGUUAAUACAAAUGCAUUACAAAGAUAGUGCAGGCUUCACCUGCCUGACACCAACUUUCCUGUUCUGCACAUGCAUUCCUGUCUUACGUGAUUGCAGUGGGUGUGGUCCCAGAGACUUUGGCUGCUGGCAGCCAAGAAAAUGCAUGUAUUUUAUUGUUGUAGAUUAUUUACGAAGUAUCAGGAUAUUAUAGAAAAUGUAGCACACGUGUUAAAUAACCCUCGGUAUCAAACAUGGUGUUUAGUUUUGGAAACAAAACAGCUAAGGUCAAUCGGUCAUUGAAGUAAACUUUUUUUUCCUUUCUUUCUAGCUCACAUGCCUUGACAACCACUAUGUUGCUUUUGACCUGUGUUUGAAAUGUUUACAUCGUAUACUAUUUAAUCUUAAGGUAUUCACAUGUCUUAUCAGAAAUAGUAAAACUGAAUGAAGACUAGUUUGUCAAAAAAAUCAAAAAACAAAAAAACAUCUCUGCUGUUGUGAAGACAUGCACUGAGAGAGUUCAGUAUGCUGUGUACAGUAUUUAACAAUUCAAUUUGUUGUUAUGAAUAGCUGAUAAGCAUAUAGUCUUUUAAAUGACAAGGCCAAAAUAAAAAUGAAUUAUUUAUGA